UCGAAGGGUACCACCUUCCCUCCUAUAAAGCGACUUCUGAUUGGAUAAAGUGUCUUUUCUGUCCUCCCUCUUUCCCCGGGGUGGACUCGUUCCGCAGCGGAGGACUUCAGAACCCUUUCCAGUGCAAGGGGGAGAAAAGCUAUCGAAAUGGAGCCAAGUUUCGCCGGCCGCCGGGCGCUGGUCACCGGAGCCGGCAAAGGCAUCGGGAGGGACACUGCCAAGGCGCUACUUGCCCGUGGAGCCCAAGUGGUAGCAGUGAGCCGGACCCAGGAGGACCUGACCAGCCUGGCCCAGGAGUGCCCAGGAAUAGAGACUUUAUGUGUGGAUCUGGGAGACUGGGAAGCCACAGAGCAGGCUCUGAGCAACGUCGGCCCUGUGGACCUGUUGGUGAACAAUGCAGGUGUAGCCUUGCUUCAGCCUUUCUUGGAAGUCACUAAGGAGGCUUGUGACAGAUCUUUUGAUGUGAAUUUUCGGUCAGUGGUCCAAGUGUCCCAGAUCAUCUCCAAGGGGUUGAUAGCCCGGGGAGCCCCAGGAGCUAUUGUCAAUGUCUCCAGCCAGGCCUCCCAUUGUGCUUUAAAGGAUCAUGCCAUCUAUUGCUCCACAAAAGGUGCCAUGGAUAUGCUAACCAAGGUGAUGGCUCUGGAGUUGGGACCCCACAAGAUCCGAGUGAACACGGUGAAUCCUACAGUAGUGAUGACUGCCAUGGGCAGGGCCAACUGGAGUGACGCCCAGAAGUCAGAGCCCAUGCUACGCCGAAUCCCACUGGGCAAGUUUGCAGAGCCCUCAUCUUUCGUGUCCCUUCUAGCUGGGUGUCUUCAAGUGCCCUGUUCCAAGACCAGAAGAUUCCCCAGGUCCCAGAUGCUCACACGGUUACUGCCCUUUCCUGGGGCUGGCAACCCGCCCUCCGCCCAUCAUUCCCACCCUCCCCGAUGCUAGCCGAGGGGCCGCCUAGGCUCUUGCCCAGCCCCAAAGAGACAACGCUGUCAGGGCGUGGCACGUGUGUGCCCUCAGAUGGGGGGCGGCGGGGACACGCCGCGCCCGGCUCGGGCUGUCUGCCCGGGCAGGUGUCAGCCCGGUCACCUGGCCUCGUGGGUCCUCAGCAGCCAGCGGACGUGCCUUUUCAUUCGCCCGGACCCUGCCCCCACACCGAAAUGCAGACCCACCCUUAGCAGCCUUGCACGGGACCCAGCCCCAACCUCUCCAGCCAGGGUGGUACCCCGGACUCCGCCCACCGCCUCCCAGCGUAGAACCCAGUACCCCCAGAGCCAGACCCACCACCCCUCCGCCCCGGCUCCCCGGGCCAGUCCCGGGCUCACCCGUCGCCGACCACCACGCAUUUGAUCGCCUGCAUGUGCCCGGAGCCAGGAGCCGGCUGCGCGGGAGCCGGGGUCUGCGAGCCGAACCGCAGGGAAAUGCCCCAGCGCCGCAGCCACGGCGGGGACUAGAGAGUCGAGGGGGCCGGACCGAGCAAGCGGCAAGGGCGGGAGACAGCCGAGCGCCGCGGCCGGAGACAGCCGAAGACCCGAGGCUGGCGAGCGGGCGGGCGCUGCGAAGGUGGGAGGUGGAACCCCAGACCAUUCCCCGCCCACUCGGGCGGGGGUAACUCCGUGGCCCAGGGUCAAUGGGGCGGCAGGGGCUUAGCUCCUCCCAAACGGACUCCCUAAGACCUCUGGGAUGGGGUAACUCAAUUCUGGCCCGUUUUCUGGCAAUGCGGAGACGGUUCGUCCCACAUUCACAGCGGGGCGGGGGGAGCGCCCGGCGGCAGGACACGCCUGCAAGUUGAGAGGGAGGAGUAAAGGGCCCCCUGUCUGGCCGCAGGACUCCAGCCAGGGCCGUGGCCUUCCAUCCUCGUGAAACCUAACUCAUUUCCCAUCUUCUCGCCAGUUGCUAAGGAUUUCUCUCCAGCCAUUAUUUUGCAUUGUAAUUAUCACUGCACUGAUUGUACCCCGGCAGGAGAUUCCCAAGUUCCUGGAGGGUAUCAUUUUGGUUUUGUCUUUGUAACCCUAGCACCUCGCUCCGUCCGGCCUCUAUUAAGUAGGUCUUGUGCUCUUUGGAUUUAAUUUGAGGCACUUGGAGAAUGAGGCAGAGGGCCAUAAUAAAAGAGGGAAGAAAAGUUGAAUGCACCACUCACAAAAAAGAGCAGCUUCUCCCUCACUACACUAUCCACCUCCUCAGGGCCGGGCUCUGUUCAACAUUAUGAUGCUCUCAGCGUUUGCCUUCAAAAGCUGAAGGCACAGAACAAACUCCCAUUCCCUUUGCUUGCCCUUCUCUACACCAAAGCAAUAGCUGGAAUGUGCCUUAGAUACCCCCUGGAGCUGCAGGCAGGGGCCAGUACCUUUUCCAUAGCAGGCACUCAAACAUCAAUUGACAAAUAAGAUUUUGAUUGAGUGGCACAAACCUUGGUGAUGGGGGGGUGGGGGGGGGGAGUAGGGGAGAACUUUCAGGAAGUUCAAAACUCUCUUGAGAGAAUAUUUUUUACAGGAAGGUAGAUUUUGGCAUCCACAUACAAAGGUACUCAGAUGUCCGCUUACCAAGCCUUUGUUAAACAUGGGGAAAUUCCAAGACCAUGGAGGUUGCCAUGUGGCCACCAUUGCCAAAAGGAUGAAGACUUAUUAAGGAAGAGGUAAGUCUUUAAGGAAGGCAGCACAAGACCAUAGCAGAUAGGGUCUUGUGUUCAGGGAGAGCGAUGCACAAGCACCGGAAGCCCUGGUGUAUCAUGAAAUGCACAAGCUCUGUAUUUCAAAAACAUGCCAAACAAUUAAAAAAAUCACCAUGCUAGCUGUAGGGCUGGGCCCCCAACAGCAUGCAAAACAAUGUCCACUGAGUGAGUCUCAAGGUUCAAUUUUAAGAGUGUUCAUAACAUUAUCUGCUUUGUAACUGGCACACCAUUAGGCACACACAAACACACACACACAUAAACCCCCAGCUAGCUCUUGGGCAGAGAUAUCUGCAGAGUUCAAAUUUAGUUCUGCUCCAGGUUUCCUGUCAUCUUCCAGCACUCUCUUUAAGGCACAUGAUUCUCAAAAUAGGUUGGAGGGGCAAAGAUUGGUGGCUGCCCUUGGUGCUCAAAGAGGACCAAAAUGACAUCAAUAUGUCAGGGUCAAGAUACAAUGUGUUGACGUGGCUGAAAAGACCAAUAUGAGCUUAGAAGAUUCCCACCAUAGAGCAAGUACAAAUAGUCCAUGUGAACAUUUGGAGUAGAGAUGUCUGAAGCACAUCUCACAUUUCCUUUGAGCUAUAGCAAAGGGCAGAGAAGGGAACUGUUAAGUCCUUGGAUCCCAGGGAGCAUUCGGUUAGCUGAUCUGCCUUAUAAACAAAGGCAAUGCCAGUGGAUUUACUUCUGACACAGUGGGCACUGACCAGCCAAGACUUUUCACUUAGACCUAGACUGGGGAAAUUCCUUUGGGACAAUGAAUUCAAAUCACAUCUAAAA